AUUAAAUUAUUAUUGCAAGGAUUCUUCUGUAAAUAGAAGUUGUCACUUCUGUAUACCCUUCCCCAUAAACAUUCUUGAUUAGAUAACAUGGCUUCUAUGCUUUACUUGGCUUCUUUGCUCUUGUUGUUUCAUUUCACAAUCACCCCAGCCAUAUCAGCAACCUGUGUUGCCGAUGAGAGGUCUGCCUUGCUGCAAUUCAAGCAAAGCUUUAUUAUAGAUUGCAGUGCUUCUGACAAUGAUCCUUCUGCUUAUCCCAAGGUCCAGUCAUGGAAAGUCAAUGUUGAAAAUGAUGAUUGCUGCUCAUGGGAUGGUGUCGAGUGCGAUGAGGAUACCAGUCGUGUGAUUGGCCUUGACCUCAGCAAUAGUUGCCUAUAUGGUUCCAUUAACUCCAGCAGCAGCCUUUUCCAUCUUGUUCACCUACAUAGCCUCAACCUUGCAUACAAUCAUUUUAAUUACUCGCAAAUACCAUUUGGAAUAAGCCACCUUUUGAGGUUAACAUAUCUUAACCUCUCUAGCUCUUCUUUUUUUGGCCAAAUCCCAUCAAACAUUUUGCAGCUUUCUAAGUUGUCUUUCCUUGACCUGAGUGGAAAUGAUCAGUUGAUGCUCAAAAAUCCUGAUUUUCGAAGCUUACUCCAAAACUUAACCAGCCUAGAAGAACUUCAUCUGAGUUGGGUAGACUUAUCCUCCACAGUGCCUAAAAUUAUGGCAAAUUUAUCAUCCUUAAGAUCUCUACGUCUGAGUAGUUGUGGAUUAAAUGGUGAAUUUCCAGCUGGGGUUUCUCAACUGCCUAACCUACAAACUCUUGAUCUAUCAUUUAACUGGGCUCUCCGAGGUUAUGUGCCUGAAUUCAACAUGACAAGUCAACUUCAGUCACUGGAUCUUGCAAAAACAAGUUUCUCAGGUAUGCUGCCAGAUUCAAUUGGAAGCCUCAUUUCUUUGAAUACUUUGGACAUUUCAAGCUGCAGCUUCUCUGGAAACAUUCCAGCUUCAUUUGGAAACCUCACAAGACUUGUUCACUUGGACCUUUCUGGUAACAACUUUCAGAGUCAUGAUUUUUCUUCCUUGUCAUGGAUUGGUAAGCAAAGAAAACUCGUUGUUUUUGGACUUUCCGGGAUUAACUUAAAUGGUGAGAUCCCAUCUUAUUUCGCAAAUCUAACCCGUGUUACUACCUUAAUUCUAAGCCACUGUCAAAUAACUGGUACAAUACCACCUUGGAUUAUGAAGAUGACCCAUCUAGUUUUUUUGGAUCUUUCAUUCAAUCAGUUGCAGGGGUCAAUUCCACGUUCAAUAUCCCAGUUAACAAGGUUAACUAAUUUACAACUUCCAUCCAAUAAAUUGGAAGGGCCGCUUCCAGACUCACUCUUUCAACUCCAAAACCUUAGAGCCCUUAAUCUUGCUUGGAACAACCUGAGUGGCAUAGUGGAGAUGGACAUGUUUUCCAAGCUCAAAAAGUUAACCAUUCUACGAUUGUCAAGAAACAAAGUAUCACUGCUUGCCAACAACAUUAAUGCUUUUCUUCAGAAGUUUCGUGUUCUAGGACUUGCAUCAUGCAACUUAAGCCACUUUCCACAUUUCCUGCAAGAUCAAGAUGAGCUGGUGUGGCUGGACUUGUCCAACAACAAUAUUCAUGGUCAAAUACCUAGAUGGUUGCUGAACACAAUGAGCAUUUUAGACCUCAGGUCCAAUAUGUUGCAAGGAUCACUUCCGGUACCAGCACCAUCAAUUAAAAUAUAUUCAGCCUCAAACAACAACUUGACAGGAGAAAUUUCGCCACACAUCUGCAGUCUGAAGUUUCUUUCUGUUCUUGAUUUAUCCCGCAACAAAUUGGGUGGCAUUCUUCCUGAAUGUUUGGGCAAUUUCAGUUCUUCUCUUAAACUAGUGAAUCUUGGAAACAACAAUUUUCAUGGCAAGAUUCCUCAUACAUACACAAAAGAAUGCAACUUAAGGAUGCUUGUAUUGGCUUACAAUAGGCUAAAUGGGCAAGUACCAAGAUCACUGAGCAACUGUUCAAGGCUAGAGUUGCUAAUUUUAGGAAACAACCAAAUCAAUGAUGUUUUUCCUGCUUGGUUGGGGCCACUUAAAGAGUUAAAGGUUCUCAUUCUGCGAUCUAAUCAAUUCCAUAGUGAGCUAAGUAAUUAUACAAGCAAUGUUGAGUUCCCAAAGUUGCGUGUCAUUGAUCUCUCUCAAAACAAAUUUUCAGGUCAGUUACCAGCACAAUAUUUCUCCAAUUGGAAUGCAAUGAAGAUGGUAGAUAUAAAUCAGUUGGCAUAUAUGCGAACAUUUGUUAAUUUCCUGACGGAACCAUUUUCUCUAACUGUUAAUCUUAUGUACUCAAUGUCAAUAACAAACAAAGGCAUGGAAUUGGCAUAUGCCAGGAUCUUGGAAUCUUUUGUGGCUAUUGAUCUUUCAAGAAAUGAAUUUGAAGGAGAGAUUCCAAAAAUCAUUGGGAACUUGAACGCGCUUCGUCUACUCAACCUUUCCAACAACAAUCUUAGUGGAGACAUUCCAUCAUCCUUGGGGAGUCUUACAAAGCUUGAAUCUUUGGACCUUUCUCAAAACAAACUCUCAGGAGAAAUUCCGCAACAAUUAGCACAACUUCAUUUCCUUGCUGUUUUUAAUGUAUCAUAUAACCAUCUUACAGGGCCUAUACCAAGAGGGAACCAAUUUGAUACAUUCGAAAAUAAUUCAUAUGGAGAAAACUUGGGAUUGUGUGGAAAACCCAUGUCUACGAAAUGUGGCAGUUCAGAGGUUUUGCCUCCAUCAUCUUCGAACUUCGAAGAAAUUCAAGACUCAGGUUCAUCAUUUGAAUUUGGCUGGAAAUCAGUUUUGAUGGGAUAUGGAAGUGGGCUAUUAGUUGGUUUAGUGAUUGGGCACAUCAUGAUCAAAAGGAAAUAUGAAUGGUUUUUGAAGAUUUUUAGGGUGAAACCAGGAAGAAUUGAAAGGGCAAGGGGUUAAAAGUGCAUAAAAAUUGUAUUCGGAGUGGUAAAUCCUUCCAUUUGUAUCCAUAGUCACAAUAAUAGUCAUAGUAUGCUUUCACAAUCUCUAUUUAA